AGUGUCAGGCCAUUUUACUGGGUUAUGGGAAUUCCCCAUGUCUCACAGUGAAAUUGCUUCCCCCCAUUCACCAGUUUCCUUAAAAAGUGCCUCUCCGACACAAGCUGAAUGUGUGGUUCAGGGGACCAUGUCAAGUAAGUGAGAAACAGCGAUGGAAGGGAAAGGCCCGUACCGCAUCUAUGAUCCAGGUGGGAGUGAGGUCAAGGCCAGGGAGGAGGCCGGAGGGGGAAGUAGCUAUCGACAGCUACUGGAGGAAAACAGCAUACUGAGGGAGCGGAUGAAAGGACUUAAGAGUUUAGGUGAUUUGCUGGAAGAGUCUCAGUCAGAGGCAUCGAGGCUUCGGCAGCGAGUGGAGGAACUUGUGAGAGACAACGAGGCCCUCAAGUCCUCCAGCUUCGCAGCCAGUCUGUGUAUGGGAGGGCCCAUUCAGACGGAGACACAGGGUAAGCCCUGUUUACACCCCACUGCAGAGCAGAAGGAGGAGCAAACAAGCUAUAUAGGGAAGACCCUUCAGCCUGAGAAGCCCAAUGAGACCUCAUCAGAGUUUGAGGUCGUGAAUAUGGAUGGGAAGACUACGGAUGCCUUGACUACCGGGUCUGUGGCGGGAGUAAUCCCCCUCCUGCCUCAGGAGAACAUCGAGCUAGCGAGCCAGCUGAAGAGACUGGAGAGCUCCUUCAGCAUAUUCGCAGAGGAGUCCAACCCGAACCAGCUGUUAGCUCAUCUCGGCCGAAUGGCUGUAGAGUUUCACCAUCUUUCCUCCAAGGUCCAAAAGAAUGAACAGAGGACUUCCCUCCUACAGACUCUCUGUGAGCAGCUCAGACAGGAGAACAAUGAGCUUCGAAAGAAAAUGGAAGAGGAUCAUCAUAUCAGGAAUCGAGACUUGGAACAGCUGAGACAGGAGAAUCAAAAACUAAAGGAGCUUGUCACGGGAGGGGCAGCAGCAACAGGAUCGUCGGCAGCGCCAUCUGACACCGAAGCCGCAGAAGCCAAAGAGGAGCCUGUGAAGGAGGAAUCAGCCGCUGUAAGACCGAAGAUGGAGGCCACCACACCGCAGAAGAGUGGAAAAGCUUCAGAGAAAACCCCAACUAAACCUUGUGAUGUAGAGGUGUAUGAAAAGAAGAUCAAGCUUUUGGAGAAGCAGAGAAAGGAUGUACUGGAGGUGAACAAGCAGUGGGACAUUCAGUGGAACUCCAUGAAGUCACAGUUUGAACAGAAGAUCACAGACCUCAGACAACGGCUGGCUGAGUCCCAGAAAACUGUGCUUGAGCUGGAGGCAGAGCGAGAGCAGAGGCAGCGCGACUAUGACAAGAAGCUGCUGCUGGCCAAGUCCAAGAUUGAAAAUGUACAGGGGGAAAAGGAGUGCCUCAACUCGGAGACCACUGAGCUGAAGCAGAAGAUUCGCUACCUGCAGGAUCAGCUGCUGCCCCUCAGCAAACAGAGGGAGUACCAGGAGAAGGAGAUCCAACGCCUCAACAGAGCUUUGGAGGAAGCCUUAAACCUGCAUUCCCCUUCAUCCUCCCAACAACCACCUGGCCAGGGUAACUUUGCAGAUGCAGCCAAUAACCUGAAGAAACAGGAACUGCUCACUCAAAUCGCUGUACUAAAGGAACAGGUAAAGAUCUUUGAAGAAGACUUCAGAAAAGAAAGGAGUGACAGGGAGCGAAUGAAUGAGGAAAAAGAGGAUUUGAGGCGACAAGUUGAGAGACUCCAGGGUCAGAUUACUAAUUUGACAAAUCAGCUUCAUCAGGCACAAAACGAGUGUCAGAGAGAACGUACAGAGCGAUGUAAGCUGGAAAGACUGCAGAUGCAGCAUCACAAACAGGGGCAGCAGCAGGAAAGACGUACCUCAGACCCCACGUCAGGCUCAGUGAACGGCCCGCUGAGCCCUCCCUACUGUGGUCCCUUUGUGCAGGUGGGACCGCAGGGCCUUGAGGGCUGGCCCAUACACUUCCCUCCCCGGAUGCCCAAUGCAGCAGGCGCCACAGCCGCAGCCGCCGCAGCAGCACCGCCCCCUGUACGAGACUUCCAGCCUGUUACCCCGGGUUUUCCUUGGCAGUCGUCAUUCCCGCAGCCCAGAGGGGCCAGAGCAGUAGGAGAGAGUUCAAGACCACCACCAGAGAAUGCAGAUCAGUCCGCAGCAGCCGCAGCAGGAGCAGGAUUUGGAAAAAGGGAGCGACAGAACAUUGACCCUGGAAAGCACUAAAGCAUCACCGUACCCACCUAAUGGAGUCUGGGUAGUAGCAUGAAAUCAGUUUGUUUUUGAGUUGACAAGGUGUGAUUUGAUCUAUAAUUUUCCUACUGAACUGUAGAUAUCCUAUUGUAAUGUUGUUUAUACUUGCGUUUUAUAAGGCUAUUUGUGAAACACUUCGCUAUUCUGAAAAUAUACAUGAAAUAUUAUUUAGAUUUUUUUUAUCAGGAACUGAAGUCAUUUGUUAAAUAGGUUGGAAUAAUUAACAUUGUUCUUUUAUUUUCCGGAAACUAUACCCAUGUGAUUGUCUCUCUGCAAAUAUGUAACAACUUGACACUUUGUUACUUGUAGGGUUACAGGAAGCCAUUCCCCAAUAUGACUAAGACUACAUAUACUCAUUCCAACAAUGAAUGAUUAUAUAGGUACAUUGAAUCAUAGAAUUUACAAUGUGAAUGUUAAUUGAUUUAUGAAGAUUUCUUCAGUACCAUCGAUGUUAUAGAACUGUCCCAUAUGUGUAACUGUUCAAAAGUGGUUGUUGAAAUACAAAAAUUUUGGGAAAUGAAUUUUGAUGGUAUCAUACCAAAAACAUGAUUGUGAUUAUUGAUAAUUUAUUUAUAACCUGCUGUUUUGAUAGUUGCAUUGACUAAGUGUAAAUCAUUGUCUUUAGUAAUGCUGUUCUUUCUAUGUUGUUAGUGUAAUCCCAAUAUCUUGUAGCUAUUGACAUUCUAUGUUUGUACCAUACACAAUGCACAGUACAUACACAACCUUUUUUUUCUCCAUGAUGAUGGACCUAAUCUCAUUAAACACAACACUUCUACUCAA